CACACCCUAAGCAUUGGCAGGAAGUUUGCUGUGUGAGUCAAGCACCUCCGCAAAACUACAAAACAUAUUACACAUUAUUGACACUUGUCGUCGGGACUUUAUUAGUACAGUACUUGGAAAUAAUAUCAUCAGAAAUACAUCAGAGGGCGGACAUGGCAACUGACAUCUGUCAGGAAGAGUUGGACUUUUCAGAUUUGUUUCUCUAUAAUCCACCUGGUGAGGAUUUUUCUGCUGGCUAUAUCCCAGAUGAUGCCGAUCAGUCCGCCCUGCUGGAGGUCAACCAUCACACCGGAUUUAAUAGCCCAGCUGAUGGAAGCUCAGCAGAGAUCGUGUUCGACUCCAUGGGCCUGGCAACAAUACAAGGGAUCAUCCCAGCUCCCAGUCCAAGGAUUGAGAUCACUCCGUCGGGGGACACUCUCACCCCUCAAGCCUUACAGCAGAGCCCUGGCUCCAAAGCCCUUGGAGCCUACCGGGAGUGUGCAAGCCCUGCUAGUAGCAACUCCUCCACAGGCUGGCCAGCAGAUGGGUGCUCUCCCUCAGCCUCUCCAUGCAUCUCCCCUUCCAACAAAGGCACAUCUGCCACGGAUUUGUCCACCAUAGAUCUCUGCCCCAUUCUCCACAGUUUCCAAACAUCUUCCACCCACUCCUCUCCAGGUAAUAGCUUCAGCAAUGAGCUCCUCCUCCUGUCCCAGCAUCAAGUCACCCCCUCACCACUCGUCCACCGACGCUGCCGCUCAGCGUCGCCACAGGGCAAGCGCACCCACGACCAGACCCUGCCUUAUCCAGGGGCCACUCCUGUCAAACAACACUCUCGGAGCCCUAGCCCCAUUACCUCACCCUCCAAACUGCUGGGCUCCUACCCACUUCACCAGAGCCGGGUUCCAGGUGAGCACCAGACUCAGGCUCAGGCCUCUGGGCUUUGCCCAGGAGACAAGGUGAGCAGCCUCAUCUUAACUCAAGAUGUGGUGCAAGGGACAAAUGUGCCAAAUCCAAGGCCAGAUUGCUUGUACAGCGAAGGUCACGAGCUGCAGAGGGUUGGCAGGGUAGGAGCUGAAGUCAGGCCCGGAGGUUUCUGUGUACUCCCAACUCCAUGGCCUCAUCAUCCAGUCCACUUUGGAGCAUUUGGAGGUAUUUCCUUGGUACCUCUACCACCUCUCGAGAGGUCAUUGCCCAGUCAGUCAAGUCAGUAUGAGCUGGUGAUCACAUCCCAGCCAAGGUCUCACCACAGGGCUCACUACGAGACCGAGGGAAGCCGCGGACCUGUCAAGACACCAAAUGGCGGACACCCUGAAGUCCAGCUCCACGGUUAUCGGGGCACAGCUCCGCUGAGUCUACAGGUUUUCAUCGGGACAGCCGACGAGAGGAUGCUGAAACCUCACGCGUUCUACCAGGCCCACCGCAUCACCGGGAAGACCGUGACUACACCUAGCAAGGAGAGGAUGGUCAACGGGACCAAAGUGCUAGAAAUCACACUCCAGCCUAAGAACAACAUGAGAGUGGUGAUCGACUGCGUCGGAAUUCUGAAGCGGAGAAAUGCUGACAUUGAGCUGCGGAACGGCGAGACUGACAUCGGUCGCAAAAACACUUGCGUGCGUUUGGUGUUUCGCGUUCACAUACCACAACCUGGAGGCCAAGUGGUGUCACUUCAAGUGGCCUCCCAUCCAAUCGAAUGCUCCCAGCAUUCAGCUCAGGAGAUUCCUUUGGUGAAGACGCAGAACCUGGACCGAUGCUCUGUACUUGGUGGGCAACAAAUGCUCCUAACUGGGAAGAACUUCACAUAUGACUCGAGAGUGAUUUUCUCAGAAAAAACACAAGAUGGUCAACAAAUUUGGGAGGUGGAAGCAAACGCAGACCGAGAAAAAAGCCAAUCUAAUAUGUUGAUGGUUGAGGUCCCUCCCUAUCGAGAUCGAACCAUUUGUUACCCAGCCAAAGUCAACUUCUAUGUCAUCAAUGGGAAGAAGAAGCGCAGCGAACCUCAGCAUUUCAUCUACACCCCCAUCAUAGACAUUAAAACAGAGCCACUAGAUGACUGGCAGGUGAAUUUGUGUGAUUACGCCGACACUCAGCUUCGGUCUGACACACAAGCCAAGUCACCCUUCCAUCGGUUGGAAAAGGAGAGCAGUCUUCAAUCAUUCGGUGUGCUUGCAUCAGAUCCAUGGGAUUACCAACCAAUUUUUUACCAGUCAAGGAGAGGCGAUCUAAUCAACAAACCAGAUCUUUACCACGCUCAAAACUAUGCUACCACUCUCCAUGAUAGCAUCGUUAAAGCAUCAACUCCUUCCCCUGUCCAUACCUCACUCCAUCUCCCUCAGGGUUCCAGUGUCAAAACCGAGACAGCCAAACUAAAUCAAGGCCCUCAGGUGACACAAACAUUCCAGGCCUAUUCAUCUACAAGACAUCAACGUUCUGUGCAAGUUGUGCCGUCUGUAUGGAAGUCGGCGCCUUCCAGAUUCGUCCAAAGUGACAUUUGUGUGAAGUCUUUAACCCAGACCGGCCCAAACGCAGCCAACCAGGAAGCUCGGACUCAGGAGCGGAUUCCAGUAAAACAGGAGGAGCUCAGCUGUGCCUACCUGGAAGACGUGAAUGACAUCAUACGAAGAGACUUGAGAGACCAUCACAGUGACGCUGGAGGCCUGCGGCAUCCCCGGCUUUAAGAAGAACCACAACAACUCGGGAUUACGACAUCAUCGGGAAAAAUAAAUCCCACUCAUCACCGACAUCGUCAACUUUUGCAAUGAAUUCUUGAUGUUGUCAUCAGUGAUUUUUAAGUCAGCUUACAAGUAGUUCCUUUUAUCUGAUUGUGAUUAUGUACAUGUGUAUUAUGUAUAAAUGAGGAGGUGUUAAACUCCUAAUAAUCAAAGCA